UCUUAGACAUUUUAUAUGUGGCUGGUGAAAGCUGGUGUUGAAUUUUUCUCUGAACGUUUCUCUGUUGGGAUGGUCCCAGGAGAAUUAGCAGAGGCCUAGAACAGGGGUCCCCCCUCUAGACCACUGGAGUGCAGAAUCCAGCUGGUGCUGUGUGUCUCUCUGACUGAACGGGGAGACACUGGCCCAGCCCUCCUCACAGGAGAUGAACCGUUUCUACACACUAAGGACGCAGAACACCUGCUGGACUCUGGGCCCUGAGGCCCGGAGACCUCAUGGCCGGCCACCUGGCGGGCUGGUUUAAUUGUCCAGUAGACUGGGGGACGAGCCGCACGGCGCUGGGGCCCUGGGUUCAGUUCCUGGGGUGCUGUCUGUGUGGAGUUUGUAUGUUCUCUUUGUGUUUGUGUGGGUGUCCUCCCCCAGUCCAAAGAAAUGUUGGUAGGUUCUUUGUCUUCGGGGAGUAAUUGGUCCUGAUGUGUCUGACUGCCCUGUGAUGGACUGGCGUCCCUCCCAGGGUGUACCCCACCUUGCGCCUGUGUGCUCUGGUUCUCAUGUGACCCUAAAUUGGAUGAAGUGUUUAGAAAACGGAUGGACUGUGGGAUCUGAUCACAAACCCGAUGGAGUAUUUUAACAUCAACUUAAGAGUCUGCUUUCAACUACAUAUUAUUUGAAGUGAUAACAAAAACAAAUCUUCUAAAUAUCUCGUGGAGUGCGGGUCGGGUUUUGUCUAAACGUCGCCAAAAAUUGCUGAACUUUGUUUGCCUUUAAGGAGCGUUUGUGUCGACAGACAGCCACACCCUUCCGACGGCCCCUGACUGGCCGGCACCUUUAAGACUCCGGCGGUGCCUUCUGUGGAGCCGCGGGCGGCAGAGGGACUCGGGUGCUUCCAAAAGCGCGAGUUUCUCCCACGCUGAGAAGAACGAUCAAACGCGAAGUGUGUGCGCGAUUUUAGAUUUUGUGCAGCCCCUUUCCUUGUUCGAUCUCAGGUCCGCGUAGUGAUUCGGCGCCCUGCCGUUUCAGAUUUCAAAUUGAACAGGCAGUCCUUAAACCGAUGCUUAGGCUUGAUUUAGGCGCAUUCAGAUUCGCUUUUAGAAAAUGUAAUCACGAAUAGAAACUCCGGAUUGGCUAGGAGUCCCAUAACAGGUGUGUUCACAUUCAAACAGUGGAAAAAGGCGCCCGAAGCCCCUGCGAUACUUUGUGCCAAAUCUUCACAGUUAAGGCGCCUCCCUUUCCAAUAGCUUUCGUGACGCCAUAAAAGAACUCCGAUGACAUCACCGAAAGCCGCCCUUUGAUUGGCUUGCGCGACUUCCUGAUAGUAAGGUCAUUCUGUUUGAAGCAGGGAGCUGGAGGCGCAGACUCCGGCACCCAGCGUGAAACUGACCGAGCGCGUGUGGCGUGGUGUGGGAGAUUUUGUUUUUCUAGAUGCUCGCGGCACUAUCACGUCCGUGACUGCGACCAAUCCGCAGAACAGCAGCGUGCUGUAGGCAGGCGGACUUCGCCUGGCGAGCAGAGUGGAUUAAGACCGAGCUGACCCGCGGCGGCAGAAGUUGUUACCGGCACGCAGCGGCAGGAGAGAGGACACCUAAAAGGAUUACAUCUGGGUGUUUGUUACUUAAAGGAGAGGGGCGGCUGACUGCAGCUUUACCGGUGGAGUAAAAAUACUUUUUGAAGCCCGCCACAGCCACUCGGUUUUCCUCGGUGACACGCAGCAUCCCGAGUCUCCGACAGGAAUGCAGAAGGCGGUGGGGAGUGACGGUGUGCGGGUCAUGAUGGAGAGCGCUCUGACCGCACGGGACCGCGUGGGCGUCCAGGACUUCGUCCUCCUGGAGAACUACACCAGCGAGGCGGCCUUCAUCGAGAACCUGCGCAAGAGAUUCAAGGAGAACCUCAUCUAUACGUACAUCGGGUCGGUUCUGGUGUCGGUGAACCCGUACAAGGACCUGGAGAUCUACACCAAGCAGCACAUGGAGAGAUACCGAGGGGUCAACUUCUAUGAAGUCUCGCCUCACAUCUACGCCGUGUCCGACAACGCGUACCGCGCCAUGCGGACGGAGCGCCGGGACCAGUGCAUCCUGAUCUCGGGCGAGAGCGGGGCAGGCAAGACGGAGGCGUCCAAGAAGAUCCUGCAGUACUACGCGCUCACCUGCCCCGCCAGCGACAAGGUGGAGAUGGUGAAGGACAGGCUGCUGCAGUCCAACCCCGUCCUGGAGGCAUUUGGAAAUGCCAAAACCCUUCGGAAUGACAACUCCAGCAGAUUUGGAAAAUAUAUGGAUAUUCAGUUUGAUUUCAAGGGGGCUCCGGUGGGGGGGCACAUCCUGAACUACCUGCUGGAGAAGUCCCGGGUGGUCCACCAGAAUCAUGGCGAGCGGAACUUCCACAUCUUCUACCAGCUGAUCGAGGGGGGGGAGGAGGACCUGCUGCGCCGGCUGGGCCUGGAGAGGAACGCCCAGCAGUACCAGUACCUGGUCAAGGGAAACUGUCCCAAGGUGAGCUCCAUCAACGACAAGAACGACUGGAAGCUGGUGCGCAAGGCCCUGUCCGUCAUCGGCUUCGGUGAAGACGAGGUGGAGGAGCUGCUCAACAUCAUCGCCAGCGUGCUGCACCUGGGCAACGUGCAGUUCGGAGGGGAGGAGGGCGGCAAUGCCUUCAUCACCACAGAAACACCUUUCCGAUACCUGGCCAGGCUGCUGGGAGUGGAGGGCUGUGCUCUGAAGGAGGCUCUGACCCACAAGAAGAUCACUGCCAAAGGGGAGGAGCUGAUGAGCCCUCUGAAUCUGGAGCAGGCUGCUUAUGCGCGGGACGCCCUGUCCAAGGCUAUCUAUGGCAGGACCUUCUCCUGGCUGGUCAAUAAGAUCAACGAGUCCCUGGCCUACAAGGACCCAGUGUACCCAGGCAGUAAGAGCGCGGCUGUCAUUGGGCUUUUGGAUAUUUACGGGUUUGAAGUCUUCCAGAACAACAGCUUCGAGCAGUUCUGCAUCAACUACUGCAACGAGAAGCUGCAGCAGCUCUUCAUCGAGCUGACGCUGAAGUCGGAGCAGGAGGAGUACGAGUCUGAGGGCAUCACGUGGGAGCCUGUGCAGUACUUCAACAACAAGAUCAUUUGUGACUUAGUGGAGGAGAAGUUUAAAGGCAUCAUCUCUGUGCUGGAUGAAGAGUGCCUGCGCCCCGGCGACGCGAGUGACAUCACUUUCCUCGAGAAGCUGGAGGAUACGCUGGGAGGACACGCCCACUUCGUCACACACAAGCUGGCUGAUGGGAAGACGCGCAAGGUGAUGGGCCGUGAGGAGUUCCGCCUGCUGCACUACGCUGGGGAGGUGAACUACAACGUCAACGGGUUCCUGGACAAGAACAAUGAUCUACUCUUCAGGAGCCUCAAGGAGGUGAUGUGCCAGUCGGAGAACUCCAUCAUCACCCGCUGCUUCGACAGGGAGGAGCUGAGCGACAAGAAGCGCCCCGAGACGGCUGCUACGCAGUUCAAGAACAGCCUGACCAAGUUGAUGGAAAUUCUGAUGUCCAAGGAGCCUUCCUACAUUCGCUGCAUUAAGCCCAACGAUGCCAAACAAGCAGGCCGGUUCGACGAGGUUCUGAUCCGACACCAGGUGAAGUAUCUGGGUCUGAUGGAGAACCUGCGUGUGCGGCGAGCUGGCUUUGCCUACCGGCGCAAGUACGAGGUCUUCCUGCAGAGGUACAAGUCGCUGUGUCCAGAGACCUGGCCCAACUGGAAUGGGAAGCUGGCAGACGGAGUGGCCACGCUGGUCAAGCACCUGGGAUACAAGCCUGAGGAGUACAAGCUGGGCAGAUCUAAAAUCUUCAUCCGUUUCCCGAAGACGCUGUUUGCCACGGAAGAUGCCUUGGAGGCAAGAAAACAUGGCCUGGCCACCAAGCUCCAGGCCUCGUGGAGAGGAUACCAGCAGAAAACCAAGUACCACAAGCUGAGGCAGUCCGCGAUUCUAAUCCAGGCGUGGUGGCGAGGGGUCCUGGCCAGGAGGAGAGCCGCCCGAAGGAGAUGGGCAGCCGACACCAUUCGCAGGUUCAUCAAGGGGUUCAUUUACCGCCACGAGCCGCGGUGCCCGGAGAACGACUACUUCCUGGACUAUGUGCGAUACUCCUUCCUGAUGAGCCUGAGGCGCAGCUUACCCAAGACCGUCCUGGACAAGAGCUGGCCCACCCCACCGCCUGCGCUGGCUGAGGCCUCGGAGCACCUGAGGAAGAUGUGCAUGCAGAACAUGGUGUGGAGCUACUGCAAGAGGAUCAAUCCCGAGUGGAAAAACCAGCUGGAGCAGAAGGUGGUGGCCAGUGAGAUCUUCAAGGACAAGAAAGAUAACUACCCACAGAGCGUGCCCAAACUCUUUGUGAGCAGCCGCUUGAGCAGUGAAGAAAUAAACCCCAAAGCUCUGCAGGCCCUGGGCAACGAGAAGAUGAAGUACGGAGUCCCAGUGACCAAGUACGACCGCAAGGGCUACAAGGCUCGAGCAAGGCAGCUGCUCCUGACGCAGAGCUGCGCCUUCAUCGUGGAGGAGGCCCGAGUGAAGCAGAGGAUUGACUACAGCUUGCUGAAGGGAAUCUCUGUCAGCUCCCUGAGCGACGGGCUCUUCGUGCUCCAUGUGCCCUGUGAGGACAACAAGCAGAAGGGAGAUGUCGUGCUUCAGAGCGAUCAUGUGGUUGAGACCCUGACCAAAGUGGCCAUGAGUGCAGACAAAGUGAACAACAUCAACAUCAACCAAGGAAGUAUCAAGUUCACGGUGGGCCAGGGGAAGGAGGGCAUCAUCGACUUCACCUCCGGCUCAGAGCUGCUCAUUGCCAAGGCCAAGAACGGGCACCUGUCUGUGACUGCUCCUCGGCUCAACUCCAGAUGAUGACUGGGAUCGACCAAUCGAAAGAGGCAGCAAUAAAGAAAAAAGGAUACCUACCAGAACCCAUCCUCCAAUUAGAUUACAGCUGUCACAGCCAGCUCUGCCACUCAUUGGCUGAAAAUGCUAGUGAUUUCUCCGCCUUACCCAAUCAGAUCUAUUUUUGCUUCUUUACCAGCACCAAAGGCUUGUGCUUCCAAAUAUGACAAAAAUGUAAAAUGUUUUAUUUUUUUUAAUUAAUAUUAUUAUUAUUAUCAUUACUAUAAUUAUUGCUUCAUAUUAGAAAUACACUAAAAACCAAACCAAGGUGUGAUCGUCAAUGAAACCUCACACUACACAGGCUUGAUGCAAGUCUAAAGAAAGAGGACAGAUGUUAAAGGUGCACCUGUCUCUCGAUCGGAUCGUCAGAUCAGCCCCUUCCCACAGGAGCAGGAGAAAUGCACCUGCCAUCAGCCCUGCAGCCAAUCAGACUCUUUUUAAAGGACCUUCAGUACUUGAUUAGCGGUGAUCUUGAUCAGAUGGAAAUAAACAUGGGCAGGCAGCAUGUGCAGGAGCUGGAGUCGGAUUUGCUUCUUCUGUGGCUCUGCCCCUGUAUUACUCCUGUGCGUGUCGCCGUCAAAGAGCUGUGGACUCAGAUCUGGGUCGUGUCCCGCCAAGGACUGUCCACAGGUCCAGGGAUGAGGAACUGGACACGCUGAAGGCAGACCCUCCUCAUCCCUCUUGGGGAAAUUCUGUUCCUUGGUCUUCUGUCCCCCCAAAAAAACACUGUCAGAGAGACCAGCGCACCUGGACUGGGGUUCCCACCUCCUCCAAGGGGGUGAAUCCUUCGGAGUCUGGACAUGGACAAAAGCCUCGUUUUUAUGUUUAACCCCAACUCCUACAGAGUCCAGUCCAGUCUAAUCCAGCCCACUAGCUGUGCUAUACAUCAUUCUAUUACUCAUUAUUCACUCAUUUCUCACAGCCACAGAAUACUGUAACAUGCAAUUAUAUACCAUUAUUAAUCCUGCUGAACACAGCAGCAUGAUGUAUAUCAUGGCACUGUCUGCUGGUGGUGGUAGUUCAGGAAUAUGAAUCCUCUGUGAUCAUAAGUCAGAGUGUGCUUGGACAGACCUGCUUGGAUUUAGCUUUAUGUGGGUAAGAAGCUCAAUGAAAGUACAUUUGUCUGGUUACCAAAGCCCAUCUCCACACCUGCUGGCUCCUCAGAGUGCUGAAUGCUGAGGACUUUUUGGAUAGCUGGCAUGUUUAGUCUUGCCAGCCCAUAUUUAGGGUUCUUCAUUGUUAGCCAAUAAUAAUCUCCAUCUGUCUGUCCAUGUGUGAGAAACACAAGCUUGGUGUUUCUUUGAUGCAGAAUAUAUGUUCUGUGAUUGUAAUAUCAUUGCCCCAGAUUACUAUUGUGCCUUGCCCAGAGAGAGACAUGCUUCUUCUCGAGAUUUUUAAAAUCAUUUUAGUUAGGUUUCUGUGUGCGAAUGCAGUGUCGUUCUGCGUCCCUCAGGUGUCAAAGAGAUGAGAGAGCUGGAGAAUCAAGUAGACAGACCCUCCCCCCACUCAGGCCACCCAGGAUGUCGCUCAUCAUAUAAGCAAAGCCAAAAUUUUACCAAGUAGCAUCCAGUUUUACUAAAAGAUUUUAAUAAAAGAUUUUUAAUGCCUUUAAUAAUUUUUAUUCUUUCAUUGCAAUAUUCUGCCCUUGAGGCUGUUAAAAAAUAAACUCGUUUAGCCUCUUCUCCUUUCAUACUUCCCCUCUUGUCCAGACCUUGGUGUCUGCCUGUAGAUCAGAGACUCUCAGGGGUUGAGCCUCCAUGGUCAGAUUAUUUUAGGGAGUUAAAUACCAUUUUUGCUUAACUAUCCCAGUAUCCAUCUGCGAAAUCCAGGAUUGUGGGAGUAACGUGGUCUGGAUAGAACAGAAAUGCUACUGCUUUAUAGAAUGAACUUGUGGAAUGGACAACACACUGGUGUCAAAACUAUUUUAAAUCCUUAAUCUUUACUGGUAAGAUUAGUGUAUUAAUACAAUGAAUUAUAUUUACAAUGGGAGAAACAUGGCUUUAUCAACUCCCCAGUUCAAAAGCAAAUGCACUUGAUUUCGAAUGAUUAAAGAACUCAGGUAAUAUGGCUGUAUGUCUGGCAGUUCAGUACUGGUCAGUGCUGUUUGGACACACUCGGUAUGUCUGGCAGUUGAGUACUGAUCAAUGUUGUAUGUGGCUGAAAUUCUGCAGACAUUUACUGGGAUACAGGGUGUUCAGUAAGAGACCAAUGGAAAGUGAGGCAAUCAAAAUGGAUCCACUGCCCCUGUUACAAACCUGUUUGGGACAGCAGGGUGUUGUAGGAGACAGCUGACCAGAGAGGAACAACUUCUGAGCGUUUUCAUUUUUUUCUAACGUCUUUUUGUUUUUGGUUUUAUCUAAAAACAUUGUUAAAUGCACUGUUUUUCCAAGUAACACAUCUGUGUGCUUCACAAAAGAUUUUUUCAGUAAUGUUUCUUAUUUUUCAUUAAUCAUAUUAAAAAUGAAAAAAAAAACAGUACAGUUGGAAAUCUGUUUUAAUACUUUGAUUGUAAAAGGGAGUGAAAUGAUGAUUUAUAAACCAUAGGAUAAAUAGAAAUUAUUAAAAAAGCCAUAGAAGAUUUGGGUAAAUAUAUGUAAAUAAUGACUUUAGUCUUUAAAUAGCCUUUUUAAUAUGUGCAAUAUCAAUGUAAUUGGUUGGACAUUUAAUUUUUUGGCACAGUUUGAUUUCUUGCAGAAGGUCAUGAAGGUGGAUAAUGUGUUCUUAAUGCUUCCAGUUUGCGUUAUUGCUAUCUUUGUAUGAAGAAGCUUCAAAAAUAAAUGUUCUUGUUGGCCA